AUGUUUGGGUGCGCGGGCGGCCACAAAAGCCGCCUGAGCGUCAGCAGCGAUGGUUUAUUUUUUUAUAAAAAAACGACAAAGGCAGAAGCCCACUUUUAUUUGCUGCUGCAUGCGCUCGUGCAAAGGAAAGCAGCAGCAGCAGCAGCAGAAACAGCAGCAGCAGCAGCAGCGUCGGGGGCAGCAGAAACAGCAGCAGCGGCAGCAGUUCAAGGACCAGAACCAGCAGCAGCAGCUGCUGCUGCGGCACCAGCAGCAGCAGCAGCAGCAGCAGAAAUGGCAGCAGCAGCAGCAGAAACAGCAGCAGCAGCAGCAGAAACGGCAGCAGCAGACACAACAACAGCAGCAGCAGCAGCAGCAAGUACCUUUGCUGUAGAUCUGGUGAAUGGAGGCUGUCCAUUGGGCUGCAAAGAAAACUGCCCGCUGCUGCUGCUGCAGCAGCAAGAAAAGAUAAAUGGAAAAGAUGGAGGAGGCGGCUCGGAGUCUGCUGCUGCUGCUGCUGCUGCUGCAGCAGGAACAGCAGCAGCAGAAACAGCUGCGGAGCUCCUGCCGUUCAUGCCCAGGCUGUUUGGAGUUUAUUUAAAUGACAAAAAGGAGACAGCUGCAGCAGCAAAUAAGGAGACAACUGCAGCAGCAAAUAAGGAGAGAGCUGCAGCAGCAACUGCAGCAGCAAAUGAGGAGACAACUGCAGCAGCAACUGCAGCAGCAAAUGAGGAGACAACUGCAGCGCCAAAUAAGGUGACAGCUGCAGCAGCAAAUGAGGAGACAGCUGCAGCAGCAAAUAGGGAGACAACUGCAGCAGCAAACAAGGAGACGACUGCUGCAGCAACUAGGGAGUCAACUGCUGCAGCACAUAGGGAGACAACUGCAGCAGCAAAUGAGGAAGCAACUGCAGCAGCAAACGGAACAACUGCAACAGCAAGUGAGGAAGCAGCAGCAGCAGCAAAUGAAGAAAAAGGAGAAGACAAAGAAGCAGCAGUUUUGUGUCUGGAGAAUUUGCUGCUGGGCCUCGAAGACCCCUUAGUGAUAGACAUUAAACUUGGGACUCGGCUGCACGGGGAGGGCGUGAGCGUGGGGCGGCGGCGGCGGGCGGAAGCGCAAGCUGCUGCUCGAGGUGCUGCUGCACUUGGUGUCUCCUUUUGCGGCUUGUGGGGACUGCAGCAGCAGCAGCAGCAGCAGUGGCAGGGGGGGUCCCGUCUUGCUGCUGCUGCUUUCCGCCCCACAACUCUUGCUGCUUACCAGGAGCUCUUCCGCGCCUUUCUGGUGUCUGUACACCCCACGCCUGCUGCGGUGUACAGACACCUCGCGGCUUCUCUCAAAACUCUUUUUCUUCUUCUCAACAAAAAACAUUCCCCACAACUCUUCGGCGCAACCGAGUUUUGGGGCUUUCUUGCUGCAGCUUGUCUUGAUUUAUCUGCUUCUUCUUGA